GCGCUCGGCCAAGAUGGCGGAUAAGUGUCAGCCGCUGUGUCCUGCACUUUUUUGAGAAUCUCAGCUUCAGCCGCACUCUUAUCAAGUUUUGUUUGUAUCUGGGCAUCUCGACUGGAAGAUAACAGUGAGAUCUCCAGUAAGUAAAGACACUUUGGAGACCUGUGAGUGUAAAAGAUGCAGCCUUCUCCUCGGGCAGCCCCUCCUGGAGCCAGUGGACCCCCGCCUUCCUCCGGUGGCCCCAAUGCCUUCAGAAGAAACAGACCCCACAAACAUGUGGCUGCAGCUGCUAUGACACAGGCUACCCCACCCACCCAGCCAGUGACAGAUCCUUUUGCCUUUGGGAGACAAAGCUUUUUGCCCAUGGCAGGGGGCAGCCAAGCUCCACCCACAAACAGCAACCCACUUCCCAUGCAAGGCCCUCCCCUGCCAGGGUUCAACUCGAUGGCUCCACUACAAGGGCCGCCUCCAGGAACAGCGCAGGCAGCCUCUCCUGGCCCACCACCAAGAAUUUUUACACCGCAACCUGUUCCCCUAGAGCCAUCACCAAGCUCCAACCCUCCUCCUGCAGAACCAGGAUACUUUAAUUCACAAGAAUCAAUGCCCUAUAUUGCACAGUUGCCUAACCCUGCUCCUCCUUUCAGUUCUAGUCCAUCACAUCAACCCUCCACUGCCCCAACACCUCCAGUUCAAUCCCAGACUCCUUUUCAAUCUCAGCCAACGCCUCCCCUACCCUCUCACUGGGUUCCUGACCAUGGAAGCCGUCCACCUUCCGUUCAAAACUACUUUCAGCCAACCAGUGAUCACCCAUCUCAGCAUUUCCAAGCUCAAGUCCCACCCUCUGUCCCCUCUCCCCACAUAGCCCCACCCUCUGUCCCUUCUCCCCAUACAGCCCCACCCUCUGCUCCCUCUCCCCACACAGCCCCACCUUUGACAGCAUCUCAGUAUCAAGGUCAGUUUGCUCAACCGAAUGUGAUUGGGCCCUGUGCAACUCUGCAACAGAACUCCCACUUCCCUGCUCAGAAUUAUUUCAGUCAGUCAGGUGGACCCUCAGAGCCAUGGUUCAAUCAGAGUCCCCAGGAUCAGUCUCAGCGUGCCUGCCCUGUCCCCUACUCUGAAGUCCCCAGUGACUCUGGAACUCUCUCAAUGUUCUUUGGGGGAAAUGAUGUUGAAAAUGAAGAAACACUGUCAGGAGAGGGGCGUGUAAAUGGGAUUCUUCACCCUCUCCAUUCGAUGACUGAGUUCUCCGGUCCGUAUUUGAAUGACAGUGGUAACAUUCGAGCUGGGGCAGGGCCAUGUGAUUCGGUGGAGAAUCUGGAAUGUGUUCCAAACCAGGAAGUGCUGCCUAAUGAGCCACCCUCAAGCCAUGCCUUUGAGGGGGGGGCUAACUUGGAGACACCUGACUCUGCUCCUCAUCUUGCCCGCUCUGCAAGUGUCUCAUCCAGCUACAGCAACGUCAGUCACAGCAGUGGACAUGGUCCUCACAGCAGUGGCCACAUCCCGCGGCGACAGCAAGGUGUAGUGGGGACGUUCAUCCAACAGGAGAGUCCCCGGCCACCAGAUCACCCUCCUUUGCAUUCCUCCACUGGUGGAUACUUUGAACAAAUAGACUCCAACCCAGCUGCAGAGGCAAGUGCUACUUUCCCAACUCCUAGCCCACCUAAACCAGUUGGUGUGUUCCAGGCAAGUGCAAAUUCCUCCUUUGAGCCUGUCCGAUCACACGGUGUAGGAGUUCGACCUGCUGAGGUUGAUCGUGCACGUAUGGUAAUGGAAAAGGGUGGAAGUGAUGUGCAGCAUGGCAACUUAGAACAACCCCCAGACAACUUGGAGACCAUUUACCUCUCGGAACGCAGACCCUCAUCUCGGGCUCAGGGAGCACGACGCCCCAUUGAGAGUCCCGCUACUACACUCUGGGCUCAAAAUGACACUGCCAGUCUAGGUGCUAACAUACUGUUAGCCCCUGCAGCACCCUCUUUGGCUGCAACAUUUGUUCCAGCACAUCCAUCUGAAGUCAUCCAGCCACCUGAGGAUGGCCCUCUUGAUUUACAUUCAGCUAAGCCAGAUCCACAACCUCCCUCUGAAAACCUAGAGAUUCCGCCAGACUCAAUGCCUCAGGCAAGUUUAGGAUAUGCCUCCUUGCUAGUAACUUCACCUCCCGUAGAGGCUCUGAACCAGCCUGUGUUGAUUGCGCCACCUUCCUCUAAUUACAGUUUGGUUUCCUCUACAAACCUCUCGCAACCUUUAAAUCAGAAAAGUCCUCAAGAGACAGCAACACCUGUUCAGUCUUCUGUGAUCAGUCAAAUGCCUCAGAUUUCUCCUCCAACAAAUCAGCUGCAGCCUCUUUUUUCUCAGACACCAGUAAACUUCAACCCUUCUUCCACUCAAGACCUCUUGAAUCUAGCACGAGAGGCCCAAGAUGUUCAGCCCUCUGUUCAAGUAGCCCGACCUGUUCUCUCAAGGGCCCAGUCUCUUAGAGAUGAUGCCCAAUCUUUUCUGCCUUCUAUUUCUCAAGCUCCGCCUUCUGCUGCUGCCGCCACUAAUCACAAUCAACCUUCAAAUUAUGAGUUACUUGAUUUUUCUAUGCAUCAACCACAGUCCACAAAUCAGGUUACAUCAGUACCCGCGGUGUCUCAAAAAGCUCAUCCUGCGGGCUUGGUGAAUAACACACCUGGCUUUUACCUGCAGGUCACCAAAGAUGCACAGCUUGGUGGGCAGUCUGACAGCGAGGCUCUGCCCCUUCAGCAGAUCUCUAACCCCCCACGACCCUCCAGUAACCAUCCCGACAAUGAUCCAACUCGCACCUCCCAACCUCCAUAUCCACCUCCAGCUCAACACCAGCUUCCUCCACAGGUCCCUCCAACUCAUCCUGGUGCCCCUCCUACUGGACCUGGAUCUGCCCCACCGUUAUCUUACCCACCCCAAUCUGGAAACUAUGCCCCCCAGCCACUUCAGGAACCGCAAAGACCUCCUUCAUCUCUAGGUGGUCAGUCAGGUUAUGGGGCUCCUUCUGCGAUUCCCCCUGCUCCGGGCUAUGCGGGAUACUACCCAGGAGCCUACCCUGAGUACCAUGAUGGAAGGUUGCCGUACCCACCCCAGUACCCUAUAGAUCCUAGAUCUCAAAACUACUAUCAGGAUGAUCCCUACCGUAGAGAUCCUCGAUAUGCCUGGUAUGAUGGUCAAAAUCCUGGAUACCGGGAGGCUGAGCGCCAACCAGAGAGGCCGAGUUCUAGAACCAGCCAAUACUCUGACAGACCCAACUCCAGACAGGGGUAUCAAGAAGACCUUUCUAGAUCCAGCCGUAGUGCCUAUGACGAAUACUAUGCAAACUACUAUAAGAGACAGUAUGAUGCCUAUGGAGAUAAGAGCAGGUGGUAUGAUCCAAAUGCUGCUUAUGAUCCACGCUAUAAAGCCUACUAUGAUCCGACAUAUGGCUGGUACUAUGAUCUUGAUGGCUACAGAAAAGGAGAGGCAUAUUACAACCAACAAUAUCAAAACAGGGGACGAGAGGGGUAUGAUGAUCCAUGGCGGUAUUACCCUGGUUAUGACUCCAGCUUUGAUGAUGACAGCCGCCGGCGUGACCCGUACGCUGAUGAAUUUGACCGCCGUUCGGUUCACAGUGAACAAUCAGCGCACAGUGUACAUUCAUCACACAGUCGGCGCAGUAGCUUCAGUUCACGGUCACAGCAGAGUCAGGUGUACAGAAGUCAACCAGACUUGGUCAGUGCAGCCUAUGAUACCACUGGGACCACUCUUCCAGUGGAUUACACCUACAGCCAGUAUACUAACCCCUCAGAUACUGCAAAUUACAGUCAGAUUCCUUACAACCCUGCUGACAACACCUGGACUGCCACAGAUCAGCCUCCUCCAAGGCCGUUGACUCCAGAGAAGUAUUCUAUUCCACACCGCUGUGCUCGGUUUGGUCCGGCUGGUCAACUGAUCCUUGUCCAACCCAAUCUGCCCUCUGCUGGUCAGCCCACACUUGUGGAAAUCCACAGCAUGGAGACGAUUCUGCAGGACUCUUCAGAGCAGGCAGAAAUGCGUUCAUUCCCUGGCCCACUCGUCAAAGAGGAGACUCAUAAGGUGGAUGUCAUAAAGUUUGCUCAGAACAAAGCCCAAGAGUGUUUGCGGAACGAUGACCUCAUCGACAAAGACUCCGCCUUCCUCAUCUGGGAGUUCAUUGUGCUGCUGUGUCGCCAGAAUGGGACUGUAGUGGGAACGGACAUUGCUGACCUGUUGCUAAAAGAGCAUCGCUCUGUUUGGUUGCCGGGAAAAUCCCCCAAUGAGGCUAAUCUCAUCGACUUCAACAACGAGGCAAUAGAGCAUGCUGAAGCGGAUGAGGCGGGGCCAAUAUCCCUCCUAUCAGACACUUUCAUGGGCGUGCCCGAGAAUGUCGGCAAGGAGACGGAGCGCUUCAGAGAACUGCUACUAUUCGGCCGCAAGAAGGAUGCUCUAGAGUCUGCUAUGAAGAAAGGCUUGUGGGGACAUGCGCUGUUACUGGCUAGUAAGAUGGACAACAGAACACACGCCCGUGUCAUGACCAGGUUUGCCAACAGCCUGCCUAUUAACGACCCUCUUCAGACGGUUUACCAGCUCAUGUCAGGACGAAUGCCGGCUGCUGCUACUUGUUGCGGAGAUGAAAAAUGGGGCGAUUGGCGCCCUCAUCUGGCCAUGGUGCUGUCCAACCUCACACACACUCUGGAUCUUGACACCCGCACCAUUUCAACCAUGGGGGACACAUUAGCAUCUAAAGGUCUAGUGGAUGCAGCCCAUUUCUGUUACCUGAUGGCUCAGGUGGGCUUUGGUGUUUAUACUAAGAAAAGCACCAAGAUGGUCCUCAUCAGCUCCAAUCACAGCAUGCCGUUUUUGAAGUUCUGCUCGUCAGAGGCAAUUCAGCGUACAGAAUCGUACGAGUACGCCCAGUCCCUUGGCUCUCACGCCCUCUCUUUGCCCAACUUCCAAGUGUUCAAAUUCAUCUACGCAUGUCGACUGGCGGAGUCGGGACUCUGUGCUCAAGCCUUCCAUUACUGUGAGGUCAUUUCACGCACUCUGUUGAACCUACCUGAGUACUACUCGCCUGUGUUCAUCAGUCAGCUCAUACAGAUGUCUCUGAGGUUGAGGUUUUUUGACCCUCAGCUGAAGGAGAGACCAGAGCAGGAGUUGUUUAUAGAGCCUGAUUGGUUACUGCAUCUCAGACAACUGGAUGGACAGAUCAAGGACGGUGUGAUCAAUUUCCGUGCGGAUCGCAGCACCCCACAACUUUAUCCCUGUAGCACGCCCAGUUCAGAAGACCACUGCAGCCCACCUGACCCCUCAACUCUGACCCCUGAUCCCCACAAUCCUCUCAUGGCCUCCGUUGUGCCGCAAGGUGGUGUUCAACUCAUGCCACCAGCCCCUCCUACUAUUCUUCAGGAUGGGGCGGUCCCUCCGCAGCAAGCCCCGCCUCCAAGUGAAAGUGUUCCAUUCUACCCAGGGCCACCACAAACAAACUUUGUGGCAACGUACCAACCUGAAACACAUGAGCAGUACACACGCAUGCCCCAGCAAAUACCCCCACAAAUUCCCCAGCAAAUACCCCCACAAAUGCCAACGUACAACUCUACAGAAAUGAUGCCGCCAGGAGGGCAACAUCAGAUGCCGCCAGGAGGGCAACAUCAGAUGCCGCCAGGAGGGCAACAUCAGAUGCCCAUGGGAGGGCAACAUCAGAUGCCCAUGGGAGGGCAACAUCAGGUGCAUGCUUCUGAACAUGGCUCUGCCCCUUCCUCUCCUCAGCAGUUUCCUCAGUUAUCGCCGACAUUCAGUGGCCCCCCUCCACAAGGGAAGGACUUUUAUGAUGAAAUGGCGCGCAUGGGCCCAGGCAGAAGAUCGAGAACCACUUCACAGUCAUCAUCGAUACACAUGGUACAGUCGACAUCGGGUCGUCGGUCUCGCACUAUGUCAGAAUCGUCCAAUCAUUCUGGACGGGACCGCAGCAGUUCGCUAGCCAAUCAGGGUUCUCCUCCUCCCCCACCUAUCCCAGAGGCUCCACCACAAGAUGAAUCCAAGAAGACAAAGAAAGACUCUCCCAAAAAGGGAGCGGGUGGCAGCGGCUGGCUGACUUGGCUGUAUCCAAAACGGAAGAAUGAAGCGCACCUUCCAGAUGACAAGAACAAAACUAUUGUUUGGGAUGAAAAGAAGCAGAAAUGGGUGAAUCUAGAUGAGCCGGAGGAAGAGAGCAAACCCCCUCCCCCUCCACCUACCAGCUUCCCCAAAGCUCCGAUGGGCAGCCUAGGGAUGGGGCCACCAGGAGCAGGGGGUCCAGCGAUGGGGCCACCAGUCAAUAUGUUCUCCAGGAGAGCAGGCACAAAGAGCCGUUAUGUGGAUGUGUUGAAUCCUGGUCGUGGAGGAUCUAAACCCACCGCUGCUGUUCCACCACCUGCUGACCUGUUUGCUCCUCUCGCACCCAUGGCCAUGCCAACCAACCUCUUUACACCAGCUGCAGCCCCAGGUGAGCAGCAGCCGAUGGAGGGAAGCAUUCCAGACGCCAGUGGUGAAAACACACAGCAGACUAGUGCCACCGUGCCACAGAUGUUUAAUCCGAAUGCUUUGCCUCCCGGCCCGGAGGGAACCCAGUCUGGAGAGCUGUCACGUUCUAGCUCAAUGAGUUCUCUAUCUCGAGAAGUGAGUCAGCAUUUAAAUCAGGUUCCCGCUCAGCCGCCAGCGCAAGCAGCUCCACCUGCCGGGGGCGUGACCUUUUAUAACCCCUCCCAGUUUGCACAGUCUGUUCCCAGCAGCCAUGCUCGACCUGGGCGUUUGGGACAGAGAGGAUACCCCACAGUGAAGUAACAGAAUCGCUGUAGUUCUAGAUCAAUCUGUGCUUCUAGACCAGAUCGGACUGAAGUUUGCUUUCUGCCUGGACUACUAGCAGCCCUCAGCCUCCCAAAUAACAUUGUCCCGCCGUGAAAAAAUAAUUGUGGUUUUCCCAUCUGUGCUGAAGUUGGAACGAAUGGAUCAGACUCCGGUCAUUCUAGACUUCUCAUACCCGUUGCGGUCUAACUCUGAGUUUGUACGGACCAGCGGGGCGUCCUCAGCGUGAGCAGUGUGAAUACAAGUGCAAUAUUGCGAUUUUUAGCCCUGUGUAGUUUGAUUUCCCUUAGUGUAGUCUGCUCAUUUCAGCAGGGUGUAUGCGAGUGUGUAUGAACGCGUGCGUGCGUGCGUGCGUGGGGAGGAAAUGUGGGCGUGUCUUGCUGAUUAAAGGCAGCCAAUGCAUGUGUUAGAGGGCGGUCUGGCCUGUUGUCAUGGGAACAGUGCAGCGUACCAGAAUGUUUUAGAUAUUUAUUAAGCCUCCUGUCUAAAUGAGACCGGACAGGAUCCGUAUAUCAGUGCGAGUUUGUGUACGCAUCGCCAUAAUGUGCUAAACAAAUCUCUUCUACCAUCUCCUGAUCGAAUCCUUGAUUUUGCCAGUAGCGAAGAAUCACACAUUUUUAUGAUUUACCCAAAUCCCUGUGAUCAUUUGUGUGUUUUGCUCAUAAAAUAUCUCAUUAUUUUUCGCUGACUUCAUCUCGCUCUCUGAUUGAUCGUCAUCAUGUCUCUUAAUCACACACCGCUAUUCCUUUGCUCGUUCCGGGUCCUUGUUCCCAUGGUAACAGCGGGGUUUUGUAAUUCCAAAGGUCAGCUCUGUUUGAAGGAAGCUCAGACUUUUCCAAUGUGUUUAGAAAUUGACUGUACAAUUCUUGAUAAAGUGACAAUAAAGAUAUUUUUGAGCUCUUUAA